AUGAAACGUAAGAUCAAGGAGAAAGCGCUUUUUGAAAAUAUUUUACUUAAAACUGGGUUUAACCUUGUGGCAUUUUCUGUGUCCGUUUGUAAAACGGCACAUGAGUGUGGAGUUCAGACAUCCCUUGUUUCUCCUUCUGCGGUGAUGGACUUUUACAAAUCUUUUAGUGGCGAAACUCCUCUUUGCAGUAUUGGCUCGCUCUUUGUUGAUGUCAGAGACACCCCUUUCAAGGAUGUUCAAACUGUGGUCACAGUGCUUAAAUACUGCAAGGAAAGUGAUAGCUUUCCAGGACAUUUGCCAGGCCUGCCUUUACUCGUAACACAAGACAACCAUUUGCAACCUUUUAACGCUGCCAAUCGCAAGUUUCUCUCUCGCCACCACCACAUUCUUCCACAGUGCAAAGAAAUGUUUGUCCAUGACCAUAUUAGGACGCAUAUCUUUGGUGAUGCCAAGAGUCUGGACUUCUCAGUGUUCAAACAUUUUGAUGUCGAGAGUUUUGCGGCUAAUUUGCAUCGAGCACUACCUCAAGAAUAUUUGAACAGUAAUCAGUACAUAAAAUGGAACCCAAGGCAGGUUUCAGAGCCAAAUGGUGACUGGGUUUACCGAGUGUGGAGGUUCCUGGACGAACAAGUAGAGAAGGUCCUCAGGGAAGAAAGAAAGAAAGAAAAUGAGAUGGCAAGCGACAUUCAGAUAACUCGUACAUCAGCUACUCAAGUGACGCAGCAACGGGAGGAGAAGGAGACCCGAAUCAUUCGAACAGUGCUUAAACCUCUGAGCAAGUUCAGUAUCCUCCCAUGCACAGAAACGACCCCUUCGCCAAAAUCAAGUGAUGGUAACGCCUCAGGAGUAGUAGCAGAGCACUACUUAGUACCGUUAAGCCUGGCUGAAUCUGUCCUUGAUUUCACCUCCCUCGAUACUACAAGUAAAUUUCUUGUUGAAGCAUUGAGGAAGCUAAGUCUCCCGGAAUUGAACAGAGCUGUUUUGUCAUCAACUGUGACUUCAGCUUACACUUCAAUAAAUUCCUGUGGACUUGCACGACGGCUAGUUGCAACCAUAAACUCACCCAAAUCUCUUCUGUUAGCGCUUUGUCAGAAAAUCGCUAGAAACCCGAACUCUCUUCACGGCAAUUUGAGCAGUGACGAAUGCCGUACAAUUUUAGAGCAUUUCAGCAACAGCGUAAAAGACCUGGAGGAAGGGGACAAACUAGCGUUAAGGAAACUUCCUCUUUAUGAAACAACGGAUGGAGGACAAGUGAAUCUAGAAAGCAAAAGCGUCUGUGUGGUUCCUGUUGAAGUACCACAUGACGGAAUGGACGUUUUAGGAAAUGAGAGUGAUGUCAUCUUUUUGAAAAGCUGUUGUAAUCUUUCUCCGCUGUAUCAGUUUCUGGAGUUUGAAUCUGUUUCAUCAGUUGAUAUCUACUGCAAUUACAUCUUAAAAAGCUUUUCCCUUUUCUCAAGUCAGGCAAGGUUAGUUCAUCUAGAGUACAUCCGUGAUAUAAUAUUGAAACAACGAUCUACGAAGGAGACUGACAAGAAGAGGCUGCUAUACUGCCUGGCAAACACAGGCAUCAUUGCCUCGAGAGACGGCACUUUAUUGCAGGCAUCGUGUUACUUUGACCCUAAACAUGUCGUGUUCAAAACUAUGCUUUCGGAAGACAUGUUUCCCCCAAAACCUUUCGACGAUGAAUGGUUGCCGUUUCUGAGAAGUAUCGGACUCGUUCAUGAAGUUUCCCAAGACCUCUUUAAACGGUUUGCUAUGGAGGUGGCACGUGAAGGCUCAACCACGCACACGGAUAAGACGGACAAGAAGUCGGAAGUGCUGGUUACUCACCUGUACAGCAGAGAAGAUGUUGUACAAGAAGGUCUUCUUCAAGCUAUUUUGGAUGUUAGAUUUGUUGCUCCAGCUCCUUUGAAGCCAGAGCUUCGUGAAAUGUGUCCACCGUACGGUGCGGGAGAUAUUGGCCAUACGCCAUACAUUCCAUUCAGAGGAUCUGUACUGGCAAGGCAUGCUGAAAUUGUUUGGACGACUGCGGCUAUUCUUCCGAGGUGGGCAAACCCUAAAAGACAUGUUGGAGGGAUGAGUGCCACUGAGUGGAAAAGCAAAACCGACUACUGCAAUGCAAUUAUUGCGAAUCUGAAAAUUCUGGAAGAACCAACAGUGGAGCAAGUAACCUUUCACUGCCAAAAUGUGUCUUUUCAAAUGGAGAAAGAAAACGAAAGCGACUUACUCCCUGAACGGGUUGCAUCCAGGAUGUCAGUAAUGAGAAACAUCUACCAAUUUCUCGAGGGCAGCGCCAUCCACACCACCUUUACAAAAGAAAGGCUGAGGCACACACCAUGCAUUGUGGUUGAGGGUGGUAAACGCGUUGUUAAGGCUCUGCAAGUAGUCAUUGAAUUAGACAAAAACCUCGAAAUUCGACCAUUUCUUUACAGCCUGCCCGGAGAACUCUGCCAGUUUAAGCUCUUCUUUCAGUAUCUAGGCUGUGCACCCUCAGUUAAGCCAUCUCACUUCGCUAUGGUUCUUGAAAUGCUUCAAGAUAAUUGCAAGAAAAACAGAUUAGAGCCAAAUGAGAUUGAAAAAGCAUUGAAAGCAGAGAAGAGUAUUUUUGAAGCUUUAGAAGAUUACCCAGAAGGUCUCCAGGAUCUUUCAUCCUUGUACCUACCAGCCAUGCGUCCGUUUGUUAAGAGACUCGAGGGCACUGCACUAUCCAUUUUUUUGUGCAACGCCGCAGAGCUUCUAUUUGAUGACGCACCAUACUAUCACGAUCGCCUUGGAUGCUUUGAGCAGCUCUUUGUGGUGGACCUAAAGAGGGCUAAUGUGCGUUGCAGUCCAUCUCAUAUUUACAAGGAUCUUAUCAUGCUCCUCCCCCAUGCUGCAAGACCUCAGUUGCUCUCCUAUGCUGUUGAAGAAAAAUUCGCCAAUUCCAGAGGUAAAACCGCGAUUUUUGAUGUUGGGGCAGCUAGUAUAAUGAAGAAGACGCUUCAUUCAGAGCAGUUUUCCCGUGGAAUCAUCAGGCUUAUUCGUCAUGCAUGUCACAAAAAUCAGGUGGAAGUAGACGAAAGUGUAGUAACCGUGAUAGAGGGCAGGUUAAAAACUACUGAGAUUCAUGGAGUUAGUAGAAUUGAAACUAAUCUAGUUCACGACGGAAAAGUUAUUACAGGAAGUGAAAUGGAAGUACCUUUCUAUCUGGAAAAAGUCUGUCGCUCAGGUGAAGAAAAUUGGAGUCUAUAUGUUAAUGUUGCCGAUGACGUGGAGGAAACGUUAUCUACAAUUGCUAUGGUAUUAGCAGACGUGAUUGCCGAGGCUUGUAAUGGUCUCCUGCGAGAGACAGCUAUGUUCAUUCCCGAGAUGCUGCAGAGUCAACCUGGUAAAAUAUCGUCCUUACUUGAUAAGAGGAAGAUUCGACCAGAUGAUGCCUACGACUCAAAGAAAGGAGACGUCUAUCCUCAGCCAGGAGAUUUUAUUCCAAUCGAAGAUCAUCACCUCCUUAAUCCAGAGUUUGGGACGUUUUAUCCUGGUGAAUACGUUGGAUACGAAGUUGAGGAUCCAAGUCUACAUCUCGAAGAUGGCGAUGCAACGUACAUCUACGCAGUGAUAAUCGAGGAAAUAUGCCCUGACAUAGACACCGACACCAGUAUCUUUUGCAGGAAUUACAGAAUUAACACUGGAAGCGACAAAACACCAGUCGUCCAAGCAACGGAGCUGUACAAAUUUUACCGUCCUCGAGAAGUAAUAUCUACUGCCGUUGCCCUAACAGAUCAGCAGGAUAGCACCCAUGCACCGAAUGAAAAACAGCAUAUAUUUCAGAAGAUCACAGAAGUACUCGAGGAGGCCUGGAAACUACCAAAGGACAAAAGAAGACAAGUUGUUAAACGGCUCUUUUUACAAUGGCAUCCAGACAAAAAUCCCGGAAAUGAGGAGUUCUGUACCGAGGUUUUUCUGUUCAUAAAGAGUGAAAUUGAAAGGCUUGAAAGACUGGAAGGGGCCCGAAGGAGAGAAAGUGGAAGUAGCGAGAGUUUUGAUUUCAGUGGUUCAUAUGGUGCCUACUUUGGGUUUUGGGGGACGCGCGCAAGGCACUAUAGUUCACGGCGCCAAACGUACCGAGAAACCUACUAUCAGCAUUACGGGUCAAGAGAUCCUGGGACGCGAACCUGGGAAGUUCCUCCAAGCUUCUGCACAACGAAUCCUCAGCCGCGACAGGCAAAACGCUGGUUCAGACAGGCUGAGGCCGAUUUGAAAGCCGUUGUGAAUGACAUGAACUCCGUUAAUCCAUCCUACGAAUGGGCCUGCUUAAAAUGCCAUCAGGUAAAAUCCAGCAGAAGAAUGUAUGUCAUUUUAUUAAGGUUUUAUACAUCUUUGUCUUGUCCUUGUCUCAUUUUUGCUUUGAAGUUUUGUAUUGUCACAGCGCUGUUUAUUUUGUUUGUUUGUUUUAGGCCGCUGAAAAAGCCUUGAAAGCUGCCCAAUAUGCAGUAGAUGCUUUUAAGACCAAAGUCCAUAACCUGGUCCAAAAUUCCCUUAUGCUAGAUGACUCCCGCCUGAUUAACCUUUCCGGCGAGCUCGAAAAUAUUGUGGGCGAUUCAACGCGUAUGCGCUACCCUGAUCGACUUGACUUUCCAAAGAUCCCGAAUGAUGUUUACAAAGAGAGCGACGCUCGCCAAGCAGAGAAGGUAGCAAGAGAAAUUGUAGAAAAAGUUCGAAGCAGAGUCUUUUGAGGUACGUCGUUAAUAGCGUGAAAAAUGGUUUUAACUAACAUUCCAGGGCCUUUGAUAGUGAAAAAAAAUAAAUUAUCUAGACACACAUCUCAUUCAUAAUGUAUCAGUUAAAUACAAUGUGAUUAUGAAUUAAUUUUGCCCUGACUAGCACAUCUUCGUUAAGUGGGCAUCAGUUUCAUGACUUUUUUAACCAAUACACUGAGAUCAUAUACCUCGGUCCUGAUUAUAAACAACUAUCGGAUGAGAUUUUUUUAUAUAUCCGGAAUAAUCAAGGUCGAGGUAAGUGUUAUCAGCCAAGCCGAAGGCCGAGGCUGAUACCUUGAUUUUUCCGUAUAUCACAAAACCCGAAUCUAAUAAUUGUUGUAUUGUACAUUAUUGAAAUGGAGAUAAGGAUAAAUACAGAAUCGCACGAAAUACAGUUUAACGUUGCUCUUGGAAAUCGUGCAUUGCGCGCGCAACCUACACUUCAGCCUCAAAUCGUCUAGUAGAUAACUAAGUACUCUGUAAGUUGCAAUGAUUUCCAAAAUUAACUGUAGGCUCUUAGCCAUGGCUAUUCUCUUUUCUUUCCUUUUUCAGAAUUAAGCCGACCCCGCACUUCAACCACAGAACACGAUUGAACAAGAACAGACUUAUUGUGAUGAAAUGCGAUUGUCUUUUAAGAAAGGGUCAACUGAAAAAUUUCACUCUUAGUUGCUUUUCUCUAAGAAACAUAAGUUUUAAGAAAACCCUUACCCCUGAAAAUUCAAGUCAACUUAUAGAUCGUUUUCACUCACGUACUUAACAACUAUGUAAAUUUCUUACAGCAAAAGAACGUUUGUAGAUAAGAAAACAGUUCAAUUCCAGAACUGAUUUCGAGAUUUGUUUUGAUACAACAACAUGGCCUCCGUGACGUCAUAUGAAAACAAUCUAUACUUAACUCUAAUUAGUCCGUAUUUGCUGCGUUGUGCGACCAAGGAGCGGCCCCUCUUUAACUUUAACUUUAUAACCGUCCAUGCUACGGCCACCAAAAUUACAAAGAAUAAUGUACUCAUCAUUUUCAACUUCUAAGCAUAACCUGAUUGACUGACUGACGUAAUAUGAUUUUAUUACAACGGCAUAUUGUUGAAUUUAUUGGCAGACUCCAAAUUCCGUUAAAGUAGUCAUAGGGCAUAUAUAUACGUAAAUAGCAAGGUGUUCUGACAAAAUCAAGAAGUUGACUAACACAAAAACUAUCUACAGUAAUAGUAUUGACGUCACGAUGACGUCAUUUAUCACUAAAAGAGAAACUGGAAGCAGCAUCUUGAGACCAAUAUUUUGAAUUAUUCAAAUGUAUUCCAUUUCACGUAAAAUUCGUAUAGGUCGAGGUAUUCUUAAAAGACUUGAUGUAAGUAUAAGAGGAUGCUUCCUUAACAGUCAUAAUAACUUUUGUAAAAUAAUGCCUAAUAAAGUGUAAUACAAUAACUCAAUUAGUAAAAAUAGAAAUAAACCUAUUUUUAAGAAAAGUAAAAUGCAAAUAUUGGAAAAAUGGAUGUCAAAACUCAGUUGCCAUGUUAACAUCAUUGUUGACGUACACGUCACGACGACUUUAAAUUUUCCAAAUGCAUGUAAAUCAAGUUUAGGAAAAGUCGCUAACUUUGGCUUGCACGAUUUUGAAGUUAUUCAAUUUUUUAGCGAGGGCAGUCCCCCCUGUCUGAAUAGGGUCAAAUUACACAUGGUGUGCUACUGUGGAACCCAAGGGCAAGGCAUGAGUAGUUUAAGCCUCCCCAGGCCUCUUGCCAUGCUGUAGUAUUUUGAAAAGGCUAGGUUAAACGGUUAAAAGAUAAGGGUCGAUGAGGUGUACAAAUCUCACCAGCGUGUUUCUAAGGAACCGAUAAACGAAUAACAAACAUUAGAAAAGAGGAACACCUUCGAUAGAAGGUGUCCGCUCUCUGACCUGGCCUGACCCCUCAGGCUUGUGUUUCUCGAAUUAAGGACUCGAAAACUAGCUAGCAGGGCCAUAAAAGCCACCCAAAAACCAUUCUUAAACUUUAACUUUUCAAGCAAUUUCUCCCAGGUAAUUUCCAGUUUAUCACAGGAUCAUCAAAAUUCUUUUGGGAGAUUUUUCAUGACUUUUUACCAGGUUUGUAACAUGAUCGUUUGACGGUUCUACAGUAAAACAAAGGCGAAUAGCGCUAUCUGUAUCAACUGCAAAGUUUUAAAACAGCAAUCAAGGUCACAAAUAACUCCUUCGUGCCCUGUGAUCUAACAUCGGAUUUAACGAUCCACAUCUACGAAAGGAACAACACAAGUUUAUGUCGUAGCUAAGUAAUAUGUAAAGUGGUGUAUGUUCUAGAGUGACGUUUAAAUAAAAAUUCACACGGUUUUUUUUCAAGUCAACUAUGAGCCCUUCGCAAGAAAUAGUCACAUGGU